AUGAACGAGCUGUUCGCUAACUAUAGGAAAGAAUUAAGGCCAGUGAAAUCGCCUGAUUCCGGACCAACAAACGUCACUGUUCAGCUGUAUUUCAAGCAAAUUCAGAAGGUCCAAGAAAGCGAUCAAAUCAUCACCAUUUAUUGUUGGUUAGAAGAGUACUGGUACGAUGAGUUUUUAACGUGGAAUCCAGAGGAAUUUGGCGGCGUCAAAGAACUUCACAUACCUUCGCAUAUGAUCUGGCGACCGGAUCUGCUAGUGUACAAUAAGUAA